AUGGAAGAGCCUGAGUUUGAAGGAGUUGCUUGCCAUUACAAGGACGACACAAGCAUUGACCCUGAUAUAGCUCUCUCUUACAUUGAUGAGAAGCUUCAAAGUGUGUUGGGUCAUUUGCAGAAAGAUUUUGAGGGCGGGGUUUCUGCAGAGAACUUGGGGGCAAAAUUUGGUGGGUAUGGCUCAUUCUUACCCAUGUAUCAGCGCUCUCCUUCUCUUUGGUCUCAUCCAAAGUCUCCUCCGACAGUUCAGAGUCAGAGGAUACCAAGAUCCUCUAACACUUUGUCUAUGGAGGGUGCUUCCCGGGGUUCUGUGACUCCCUCAGAUGCACCCCUGCCUCCGAGGCAAGGAAAUGCUUCCCAUGUUAUGCCUUCAUUGAAUAAUCCAAAAGUUUCAUCUCGGGAGGUUUCAGCCAGACAAGAUUCAUUCUUGUCAUCUGCACAAGUUGCUGAAAGGUUCCCCAUGAGACAUGAACUUUCUUUGAGUAAGUUGGCCAAUCCAACUAAUCGGAAAGGACUAACGGUUCGGAUCAAAGUGGGUUCUGAUAACACAGCACAGAAAAAAGAAAUAUAUAGUGCUCUCGGGUUUAUUUCUCCAUCUUCAUCAAUUGGAAACAGCCCUGAGAGAAGUGGUGGGAUGCCAUUCGAUGUUCAAGAGGCUCUGAAUGAAUCUCCAACCAGUAUUCUUCAGAUUAUGGCAUCCUCACCAGUCCCUGGGACCCCUCUGCUUUCGCCUCUCCAUGACUUUCUGCUUUGCUUGAUAGAAACUGAAAAACCUUCACUAGACAGUAAGCUGGCACCUGUUUUCAGGGGUAGGCAGGAAAAUUCCGCCAUUUCUGUAAAUGAUUCAGCUUGCAAGCUGGGGAAUGGGAAAGUGUUGAAAAAGAAGAAAAUGAAAUCUACGGGGAAGGGUGAAACAUUUCAGGAAUCGAAGAGUGGGAAUGAUAUGGAUGUUAUUGAUGACAUGGUAUCACUUUCAAGGAAAAAGACAGCAAGUGAAACCAUUGAAAGCAAACAGUGUUUCUCUAAAGAAUUAAAACUCAACCCUCUGUCCAAUUCAAUAUGUGACAUUGAUGACUCUUUGAAAGGUGCUAGGGCAACAGCUGAAGUCUCCAGGGAGGCUGAGAAGGUUGUCCCAGUGAAGAAAAGGGAGGUCAAUAAAUACUGGAUGAAAGACAGAUUACCAUCCUCUGACUUGGCUGAGGAGUCGUUGGAAUCAAUAAAUGGCCAAGAUGAUGGUAAGUAUCAUCAUCAAGAAACUAGGAAUUCUUUAGUGGGAAAGAUUGAGGAACACACAGUUAGAGGCUUCUGCAAGGUUGUUUCAGUUGAUCAUAAGCAGGGUGGCACGAGUGAAUUCGCUCGUGACCCAUUUGAAGCCGAAUUUGAUGUUCGUAAGUGUGAGAGUGAGUUUAAAGGGGCAAUGGAUGAUGUGAAACGGAAGGUUGGUCCAAAAGCUACAUCCCAUGGACAGGAUGAAAUGAAAAUUUACGCUAUGAAAAAGUCAUAUGAAGGCAAAAGGAAGUCCAGAGGAAGUCAAAGUAAUAGCAAGCUGGCUUCAGCUUUAGGAGAAACCUUGAGGGUUGGUUCUUGUUCUGCACCAAAAAACAUGAAGAGUGGUCAGAAUGAUUUUCACAAGGUCCACGACAGCUACAAAGAAGUGCUUAACUCAAGAUCAGAGAAUUUAGAUAACCAGAUUGAUCCGCUGAACAGGCAAACCAGUGAUAGUGCAAACUAUUCUAAUCUUGAGACUAAUAGAGAACAUCAUGCAUUUGUUGAUAAACUGACGGAGAGAACUAGCUGCAAAAAAGUUGAUGUCCAGUUGACAUCCGAAACAUUUUUGAAGGUGGCUUCAAACAUUGGUCCUCCUCCCACUAAAGGAUUCACUUCUGAGACAGAAAUGGCUUCAGUGGCCCCUGUUGUAAUAGAAGAAGAUUGGGUGUGUUGUGACCAUUGCCAGAAGUGGCGUCUUCUGCCCUAUGGUAUGAAGCCAGAACAACUGCCUGAGAAGUGGUUGUGUAGCAUGCUAAACUGGCUGCCUGGAAUGAAUCAGUGUGAUAUCAGUGAGGAGGAGACAACAAAAGCUCUCCACGAGUUAUACCAACUUCCACUUGCUAAAAGUCAAAAUAAUUUUCAGAAUAAUGCUGAUAGAACUGCAUCUGGAGUAACUUCAGCUGAUGCCCGGCAUUUUAACCUGAAUCGCCAGAAUCUCAGUUCUGAUGCCUUGCUUGAUCAAGGAAAGAAGAAGUAUAAAUCCAAAGAAACAUCUGACAUCACUAGCAAUGGUGGUCUGAUUCAGACUCCGAAAUUUGGAAAGAAUUCCCGGCAGGAGGCGGGGAAAAGCAGAAGGUUAAAUGACACGCAACAGCCUCUUUCCGAGACAAAUCUGAUGAGUAAAUCUAAUGGUAAUACAAAGCAAAAGAAGAAAAGCAAGGGGGAGUCCGAUCAGAUGGGAUACGGAACUACAAAGAAGAUCAAGAUUGCAACUGAUACUGACAAGCACUGGACUUCUGAACAUGUUGGGGAACUUCGAGUGGUGGGUGCGAGCUCAAAUACUGAUUUGCUAACUAAGGCAGCUGGGAAGGAUAUGCGGAGACACAGUGGACAGAGUUAUUCUAAGGAUGCAAACUGUGAUCCAAAGAACAGGUUAUUAAUUUCUGUAAAGAAACAUAGGGACCAUGAUGUCAAUAUGGGAACAAGUGAUGGAAGAGAAGUAUAUGGAAAGAAGCGAAAAUUGAAGGAUUGGCAGGAAAGUCAGAAUCAUUUGAUAAUAUUACAAAAUAAUGGGAGUCACCCCCCAGAUGGCAAGGUUUCGGUGAAGGAGGAUAGUGGUGAUAGUGAAUUCAGGAAAGAAAAGAAGUCCAGGAUGUCUAGGACUGAGGGAAAGAAUUCUAGUACCAGUAAAGGUGAUGAUGGGUCAAACAAAAAUGGGAGGAUGGCCAGAAUCCUCCUGUCAGGUGGGAGAGGUAAAUCAGUUGAAAGGAAUGUUGAGAACAAUCAGCAGCCAAUGAAAGAUACAGUGAAGGUUGCAUCUCAAGCAAGCUUGUAUGAUCUAGACUCAUUGAAAAGGGAUUUGGGACCUCAACAGUUGUCCAUGGCAGCCACUUCUAGCUCUUCAAAGGUUUCAGACUCGCAUAAACCUAGAGCCAAUUACCAAGAGGUGAAAGGAUCACCAGUAGAAUCUGUUUCUUCGUCUCCCAUGAGGACUUUCAAUUCUGACAAGCUUUCGCCAGCAAGAAUCAACAGUUCAGGGAAGGAUGAUGCUAAACAUGAUGAUUUUCUUUUAGUUGGAAGCCCUGGAAAACACCUGGAUAGGGAUGGUAAUUUUGAGAUCAGUCAAUCUUGGACAGCAAUGAAAGGAAAAACAUCUGGUGUCUUUCAUCCUGAAUCUUCUGGGUUUCCCACGCAUGAUUUUCGGGACACUGAUGCCAAGCAGAAAUUUGGCGUCCAAUCUGAAUCAAUUUCUAAACAUCUUUGUGAAGUGGGGAAUGACCAUUUGGGAAAUAGUGAUGCUGAUAUCUUUGAAGGACAUGGCCCAUGCCCCUCUAAUAUGCAUGCAUCAUACCAUUUCAGCAGGGAGGUUAGAGCGGACAAGAACCAUCUUAUUACGGCAUCACCUCCGCAAAUAUCUAUAAAUGGUUCCUUGUUGCAGUCAAAGGACAUGUACACAGGUGGUCACAAUAGAGAAAGAGGAACCGGAAAGGUAUCCAAACCAUUGAAUGAGCAGGGAAACUUAAGUCAAAAGAAAAGCCUGAGGGAUGAGACACACAUUGGACCCCAUUAUCACACGACGUGCCAUGAAGAACUAGGUGACGUAAAUAAUAUUAUUGGUGAGCAUACUAUUAAAUCUAUUAAUGGUGAUAAGAGUGUUGGCAAGAAGACUUCGGGAAAAUGGGUAAGUGACCAUAUAAGUGAGAACAUGUCAAAAUUCGGAGAGCAUGAUAGUUCAGAUGUCAAAUUGGGUGCGCCAUGUAGCACAGAUGGGAGAGUUACAGCACAACAGAACUUGACUCAGGAUAUUGAGGGUGAAAUUGCAAGGAAAGGCAAUUCAACUCAAGUAGAGUCAAGGAGGGGGAAGUCACUUGUCAACACACAUUACACAGUUAAACAACAUACACUAGUUCGUGUUCCCCAAUCAGUACCUGGAUCUCUGAAAGGAAGUCUGCUGGAUGUACGACCUGUUGAGCCUUCUGUGGAUGGUGAUGUGUCAAAUGUGUUAAAACAGCCUGGAAAUGCUGUUUCCCAGAAUGGGGCUCACCAGAGCAUGCAACAUCCUGUCUCUGAUCAGUAUUUGGCCAGGGAUUUGAGUGCUCCUAGUCAUGUGAAAUGGGAUGCCGCCAGCCAACCAGCUUCUAACGCAUUGAAAGAAGCUGAAGAUCUCAGAGAUUAUGCUGAUCAUCUUAAGAUCUCUGGGUUUGGUUUUGAAUGUAAUGAGGCAUAUUUCCAAGCUGCCUUAAAGUUUCUUCACUGUGCUUCACUUCUCGAAACCUGCAAUCGUGAAAGUAGCAAACAUGGACAGAUGACUCAAAUGCAAGUCUAUAGUAAUACAGCCCAACUGUGCGAAAACUGUGCACAUGAAUAUGAAAAAUGCCAAGAAAUGGCUGCCGCUUCGUUGGCCUAUAAAUGCAUGGAGGUUGCAUACAUGAGGGUAGUUUAUUGCAAAAAUUCGAGUACUAAUAGAGAUCGGCAAGAUUUGCAAGCAAGUUUACAAAUGGUUCCACAAGGGGAAUCUCCGUCAUCCUCUGCAUCUGAUAUUGAUAGUUUAAAUAACCAAGCAAUGAUGGAAAAGGUUGCUUUUUCCAAAGGAUUGGGUUCUCAAUCAGGAAACCAUGUUGUUCGUCGAAAUUGUCCCAACUUUGUUCGGCUGCUUGACUUUACCAAGGAUGUAAAUUCUGCCAUGGAGGCCUCCAGGAAAUGCCAGCAUGCUUUUGCAGCUGCUAAUGUAAUCCUGGAAGAGGCUCAGAAUAAGGAGGGUAUUAUAUCUGUCAAGAGAGUCAUUGACUUCAGCUUCCAAGAUGUAGAGGAACUUGUACGCUUGGUACGGCUUGCAAUUGAGGCCAUCAGCCGCCAAGGUUUCAGGGGUAUUAGAGAUUAAGUCAGCCUUGUAUAUAAUGUGUUUCACUGGUUUAUUUCCCUGCGAACAGGGACUUGGGCGGCCAUGCAAGCAGGCCUGUGGAUGGCUGUACUGGACAAGCCGUUGUAAUUUGAUGAAGAGACAUGACAUUACCGGCUCGUUUCCUUUCUGUACAUGUGUACAAAAUGGGACUGAUUUGCCAUCUUUGUUAUUUAUAAAAAUAUUCAGCUUGUUUUCUACGUCAUAAAAGCAUAGGAUGUUCACCCUUACAUUAAUGGGGUAGUGGCGAGUGGGACAUGUAAAAUUUCUGCUUUUUCAAGGAGAAGACUCGAGUUUGUUAAGAGUGCACUUCUUAUUUAUUGGGUUCCAUACAUUCUUAGCUAGAGGGAGACAGUAACUAUAGAGAUUUAAGAACGGUUGUCACAUAUCCUGAAUUUUUGGGUUCUAAUUUUGUCAUGACCAGUCCAUUCUUAUGGAUGACUUAGUGUUUUGUUACCCUACAUAUUGUUGAUUUUUCAUGGAAUAGAAAAAAAUGUUUUAAAGAGGAAUUCCCUGUGCAUUUGUACCUUCAAGUUUU